ACGUUAAACCAAAUGUCCCAAAUGAUGGGUUUGAGAGGAAAAAACAGGCGCUUUUUGUAUUUGCUUUGCAAAAGACGCGUUUUUUUUUCAUAACUGGUGACAUCUCUCCAAGCUCUACUUCUUGCUGACUGAUACCAGAAGCUCUUGUGGCUGAAGCCGGCAUGCGCUAAAAAGUGCCGAAAAAGAUCGGCGGAGUGUGGCAGUUUGUUUCCCAGGCAUCCUUGGCACAUUAAUGGGUGUAAGGCGACUCCAAGAUGCACUUCUAAGGAAGAGCGCACGCAUCUGCGGGCCGUGACAAGAGGCCUGCAGAGCGAAGGGACAAAAAAAAAAAAAAAGAAAAGAGAAGAGAGUGGGAUGGGAAAGGAUGCUCGUCCCGGAGGAGAGGCAUCGCAGCGCGAGCUGAGGACCACGAAAGCACACGAGGCUUGCAGAGAGGAGGGAGCGGGUGACCUGACAGCACGCGACUAGCACGGCGCCUUGCAGGCUUAGCAGAUGGUGCGAUGGGCAGAAGCCAAACCUAAUAUGGGACGAGUGAGCUAACUGUUUCCCUAUGGCGUCUCCAAAUGUGUUUGAACUGAGAAGUGUCACGGCCAGUUGUCACCACGGUCCCUCCCAGCCUGCUGCUUCAGGACCCCGGACAGCACCAAGCAGUGGCUUUGAAAAUGCCUCUUUUCAGAGCGACGAGCAGGAGACGUCCUUCGCAAGCACCACAGCGCAGCCGACACAUCAGGAGCCGAUGUGCGGCGGCACCAGAGAGGAGCUCUCCCCGAGGUCUGAGGAGGACCACUGUGCAGAGCGUGAUGGCCACUCCGUGGACUAUGGCUUUGUCUUUGCUCUGGUGUUCCUUGUCAGUGGGAUUCUGUUGGUGCUCAUAGCUUACACGAUUCCUAGAGAAGCAAAAGUUAAUCCAGACUUUGUGUCGGCCAGAGAGAUGGAAAAGUUGGAAAUGUACUAUGCGCAGCUUGGAUCACACCUGGAUAAAUGUAUUAUUGCAGGUUUGGGCCUGCUCACUUUGGGAGGGAUGCUACUUUCCGUGCUGUUGAUGAUUUCAAUAUGCAAAGGGGAGCUAUAUCGCCGGAGGACCUUUACCAUUUCCAGGCGGCCCAGAAAGACUUACGGUUCAAUUAACCUGCAAAUGAGACAGAUGGAGGCAGACGGCAGGCAGUCCCUGGUGGAUGGCAACCCUGGUGCUCCAGCUGGCUCCUUGGCUGAUGUUGAGGAGGCCAGUUAGGCCCCACCUAUGCCAAAGGAAAAUGAAUGUUUUUCUAAAUCCUUCAAGGGAAUGGUAGUUGAAUAGUACAUGCGGGUCAGCUAAUGGGAUUCCAGGGUAUUUCAGAACAAGGAAAGAUCAAAAUCAAAUGGGUGAAACAAGGAAGAAUCGUGCAAGGCGUCCCUUUUAUAGCUAAUGAAUAUCUGAACACACUAGCUAGCUGCAGUUGACAUAAGACACACACACCAGCUGUAUUCUGACACCUGUGCCCAUUCAGUGCCAUUCUGCAGUGUAAAAGAAAAGCACAAUGCCACUCAGAAGCACCACUGGCCCUCAACUAGGGCAUCUUCGUUAAUACUGAAACACCUUUUCCAUUGAGCUAAGGACAGAGUUCACUUCAUUGAAGCGUUGAGAGGCAAUUCUCUGACAAGUGGACAGCACAUGUGCUUUAAACAGAUUGUCACAAAUGAGCCUGCAUGAGUCCAUCUUCCAUCUUUUUAAUCAUGUUUUAGCGCAAUGUGAGCUGAAGUGAAAAGGAAAAUGGAGGCAAACACGAGAACAUACAGUACAGUCCACGAAGGAUGACAGCUUCAAACUACACUUGAACCAGACAAUCACCACAGCAAUACAAAAGCACGUAGUUACAUAAAUGAUGUCAUUUUGACCAGAGUGUAAGUAAGAUAAGGAUGGUGUCUUUUUGAACCCAACAUUUACACUCACAAUUGCCUCUGGGAACAGAGUUCAAAUAUAUGAAACAUGCACAUCACACGGGUGGCACGGUGGCGCAGUGGGUACCGCUGCUGCCUCGCAGUUAGGAGACCUGGGAUCG